GGAGAAUGCUUUGAUGCUUUUGCGCUAGUGCCAGCUCCAGGCUGAGCUCUUUCGAGUCUUUGCUGUGGUUGUCAAGUUUGAACAGGUGCCGUACCUAGAUGCGCAGCAAAGGCGCACAGACAGCCUGCCUCACGGCUUCGAUGUUGCCGCCAAGUAUUCCCAUCUUCACCACUCGGCAUCUGCAUCUGAGCUCUACACGCCUCCUCCCACUUUUCUUUCCUUGAGCUUAAAUUCCACAAAGACUGAGCUUAAACACCACUUAGAGUAACAGCCAAUUUAUUUGAGCAGGACCUUUACACGGAACGUUCGCAGAAAUGAAGUUUGGCAGCCAAUUCCAGUGGUUCCUCCAAUCGCAGAUUAGCGGGGAGUACCGUGCACACUGUCUUCAGUACAAAUCAUUGAAGAAGCAGCUCUCUCCGUGCCGAAGGCGCGACCCUUCCGCUCCCCCUCCCCAUGGUUCUCCAUCUGUGUGGGACUCCUACAGGCCCGUGCGCGCUCAUUGCGAUAGCUGUGACGUUCAUUUCUGGUCCAAUGUUGGUAAAGAAGUCAAGGAUAUCAGUGCAUUCUUCACAAAACGAGCGGCGUUUCUACUCCAAGAGCAUGGCGUUUCGCCGGUGUAUGACGCGCAGCACCGGUGGUUUGCUUGCUUUUUGGGGGAUGGGUGCAGGGGUCAUGCGCAUGAGCAGGUUGUGGAUGCUGAGCUGGCGGGGGAGGCACGUCAGCUCAUUCAGUUCGCUAAGGCCAACACAAUGGCGCUCAGGAAAAUAUUGAAGAAGUACGAUAAGCUUCACCGAACAGGAGCCGGCAAGGAGUUUAUGCAGCGGUUGUUGCGCAAGGAGCACGGCAACAGCUUCUUCACGCAGCGCUUCCUUUUACAUGAGCUCACGGCGCUACACUCCAGUCUCGGCGAGGAGAAGACAAGUGAUGCCGCUAUUGGCCGGGAGCAGAGGCACAAGUGCGCUGAGCUCUUACAGGCGGUACGUCUCUCGUUGACAGAUGCGGGUACGGAGGCGAGGUUGCCAGGGCCAUAUGCGCUGGACUUGCAUUGCAGCGUGUGCCUGGAGGUCUUCGUGGAUCCAAUGGGGCUCAAGUGCGGGCACGUGUUCUGCAAGUCAUGCGCAUGUCGAGUAGCCAGAAUCCACCCCCUGAACCCCAAGGGUCUGAAGGUGGCUCUGAAAACCGCACGCUGCGCGAUAUGCCGCCAGGCUGACGUGUACCAGAAGGCCGUUCCGCUCCCUGAGGUUGGAGAGCUCGUGAAGAAGAGGUUUCCAAAGGAGUGGAAGGAACGCGAGCUUCAGGACAGGCAGAUCUUACCAUACAAGGCCGAUUCACGCCUUGACGGUUACAUCCAAGCGCCCCAGCGCGCCCUGUAACUAGUUUCAGCAGAGAAGCCUUGCUGUAGUGUCGUGUUUCCAGCUGAAACUUCGCAUGGGGGCAGCAUGGCGGCUGUCCUCUUUGACUAGCGAAGUUGGCACUGCAACAUUGGGUCACUUAGUCUAGGAUAGCAGAUCGGAACACUGUACUAAUGUAGCAAAAGUGUAAAGUAGCUUAUAGUCUUGGCUUCAAGCAUCGGAGCUCCAAGCUAGACCUGCUUUCAGUCCGAGCUUAGGAGAACUUUGGGAAUAAGAUAGCUGGCUAAUCUGUAUAGACAAGCUGCCAGUUGUUAGCGGGUAGCUAGGGCAUCGAUCUCAGGUCUGCAUGUAGGGAGUGGGAUUGUGGAUUGUAGACAAGUUGAAGCAAGAUUGGGAUAAGGCUCGCAAAGGGCAGAACGAGUCUGAAGUUACGAAGCGUUCAACCAUUAGGGAUACUACACGAUCUUAUGGUGGCAAACGCCCCCAGCUGCUUUGCCAGCCCGGUUCGACACCAAGAGGAAGAGAGGACUGAUAUCCCAUUCCGAUGCAGGCUCAAGAGCGCCGGUCCAUUUUCAAGCUGCGAGGCCUGGCAAGUGAACCUUGCCAGUUAAAUCAACUGAACGAUCCCGCCA